CAACCAUCCAGCCAGAUCAGCGUAGCGCUCGUUGCCGUGCAUCACUGCUCUCUAGAUCGCCGGCGCGAUGCUCGCUGCCUCGUCCGGCCAAAUGGCCGGGCUCUGCUUCCCGCGCCGCUCUCCGUCCCCGCUCCUCAGCCCCCGCCGCCUCCUCCCUCGGCGCCCCGCCGCGAGGCCGCGCGGCGGCCUGCCCCGGUGGCGGUGCUCGUCCACCGCCUCUCCGCCGCCCCCGUCCGCCGACUCCGCGCUUGAACAUCCACUUCGUAGAAAGUGCUCUCCUUUACUCGAGAGUGUUCUAUUACCUGGCGGAAGUGACUUGAACGUGCAUGAAUGGAAGGCAGUUCCAGAUAUCUGGAGGACAGCAGCAGAGAAAUAUCCUGACCUCAUAGCUGUAAUAGAUCCUUACCAUGAACCGCCGACAGAAUGGACAUAUACACAGCUUGAACAAGAAAUAUUGGAUUUUUCUCAAGGUCUAAGGGCUAUUGGCGUUGCUCCAGAUGAAAAGCUAGCUCUAUUUGCUGACAACUCAUGCCGGUGGUUAGUUGCAGAUCAAGGAAUAAUGGCUACUGGUGCAAUCAAUGUUGUUAGAGGAACAAGAUCUUCCAAUGAAGAAUUGUUUCAAAUAUACACUCAUUCAGAAAGCAUUGCACUUGUUGUGGACAGUCCUCAAUUCUUUAACCGGCUUGCAGAAUCUUUCAUAUCAAGGAUUAAUGCAAGAUUCAUUGUGCUACUUUGGGGAGACAAAUCAUGCAUAGAUAGCAAAGUUGUGAAGGACAUACCACUUUAUGACUACAAGGAUAUGACUAAACUUGGCUGGGAGAGUCGUAAUGCUCUGCUUCUUUCUGGCCACCAAGGUCAGAAAGAAGUCUUCGAAACUAUUACUCCAGAAGAUGUGGCAACACUUAUAUAUACUAGUGGAACAAGUGGCACACCGAAAGGUGUAAUGCUGACCCAUCGAAAUCUCUUGCAUCAGAUAAAGAAUUUGUGGGACAUUGUACCAGCAGAACCUGGUGAUAGGUUCCUAAGCAUGCUUCCACCAUGGCAUGCUUAUGAGCGUGCUUGUGAGUACUUCAUCUUCACUUACGGAAUCCAGCAAGUUUACACUACCGUCAAGUACCUGAAGGAAGAUUUGCAGCGCUACCAACCUCACUAUAUUAUAUCGGUACCGCUAGUCUUUGAAACUUUGUACAGUUCCAUUCAUAGGCAGAUUUCUUCCACUUCAGCUGCUCGAAAAAUCAUUGCUCUUUCACUUAUCAAGAUAAGCUUACUAUAUAUGGAGGCCAAGAGGAUUUAUGAGGGAACAGUUUUAUCAAACAAUCCUGUUCAACCAUCGUUCAUUGUCUAUAUGGUCAAGUGGAUAUGGGCAAGAUUUAUUGCCACAUUUUUGUGGCCUUUGCAUAAUCUGGCAAAAAUACUAGUCUACAAGAAAAUUCAUUCAGCAAUCGGGAUUUCAAAGGCUGGUAUUAGUGGUGGUGGAAGUCUUCCGAUGCAUGUCGAUAAGUUUUUUGAGGCCAUUGGCAUUAAAGUACAAAACGGCUAUGGCCUAACCGAGACUUCUCCUGUUGUAGCUGCUAGAAGACCAUUCUGCAAUGUUCUCGGCACGGUUGGCCCCCCAGUAAAACACACUGAUAUCAAGGUUUUUGACAUAGAGACUGGUGAUGUGCUUCCAUAUGGUUCAAAGGGGAUUGUGAAAAUUAAAGGACCACAAGUCAUGAAGGGAUACUAUAAGAACCCAUCUACUACGAAUGAAGCUCUGGAUCAAGAGGGUUGGUUCAACACUGGAGAUAUAGGUUGGAUUGCACCUCGCCAUGCCAUAGGGCCGAGUCGGAAGUGUGGAGGGAUGCUUGUUCUCGAAGGGCGUGCAAAGGAUACAAUAGUUCUCUCUACAGGUGAAAAUGUUGAACCUGCUGAGAUUGAGGAAGCAGCUAGCAGGAGUAACUUGAUUAAUCAGAUAGUUGUGAUCGGCCAGGAUCAACGGCGUCUUGGUGCCAUAGUUGUUCCCAAUAAUGAUGAAGUUCUGGCAGAAGCAAAAAGGAAGUCCCUAAUUGAUGAGAAUGGCGAAGUAGCGAAAGAUGAGGUCAUGAACAUGCUAUAUGAUGAGCUGAGAACCUGGACCGCACAGUGCUCUUUCCGCAUCGGCCCUAUCAUGAUUGUCGAUGAACCAUUUACAAUUGACAACGGACUGAUGACACCCACCAUGAAAAUAAGACGGGACAAAGUGACCGCAAAAUACCAAACAGAGAUCGAAGCGUUGUUCAAGUGAGAUAUGGAGUGCUGGUGCGUGUGAGUGCAGACAGCAACUGCGAUAAGAAAUUGAGAGGAUAUAUAGAGAACGAUGCGUCCAUCUGAUGUUGCAUUUGAUAAAUAAAUAUACUCCUACAUGUUACCGUUCCGACCUUUCAGCAAUCAAACAUGUGGUAUUAGUAAGACAUCUAAAGAAACAAUUGUGUGCACUUUGCUAACGUUCCGUCCAUCUGAUGUUGCAUUUAAUAAAUAAAUCAAACAUGUACGAUGUUCA